AUGCUAGUGCAAUCCCCCAUGGAGUACUUUACCUGGCUAGCGGCAUGGUUGUUAUAUAUUCUUCUCCUCGGCCUUGUGAUCACAUUUUGCAAUGUUUUAUAUUCGUAUCGCAGGCCUUGGGAUCAAUCCUCAGUGUGGGCGCUUAAUCAAGAGCCACCGAACCCCCAAGAGACGUACGCUGCGAACACUGUUUGGUCUAUUGAUAAUUGCGAUUUGAACCCGAAGGCGAACGACACUCGCAACAAGCUGAGAAGAGCCAACCAAAGCUUCGAACUACUCGUGAUUAUGGUUUUGAUCGCCAUAUCUGGAUUGUUGCUUUGGGGGCACCUGCCAUCAGCUUCUUCCCUCCAAAGCGGAUUGCGGCCUAUUGCUGGCUUCUCAUCCCAGACACCUAGCUCAACUGGUUUGCAAGAGUUUUUCCAGCUCUAUCAGCCAAUAUCGCUGAAUUCCAGUGAAAAGAACAGCUGCGAUGUCGAGCUAUUGCUCAUGGAUCAUGUUUUUGGCGCUAGUUAUGGAGCACCGUUUGUUGGCGAAUAUGAGCCCCCAAACUGUGAAUUUGAUACUGUACGAAUGAAUCUCACAGUCAUCUCCCGGGGAAGACAGUUUGACCGCCUGGCUCUCAUGUAUCUUGGAGACAACGAAGUGUUCCGGACCUCAACGGCAGAGCCAACAGCCAAUGGGAUUGCCUGGACCUAUAUCAAAGAGAUGUCGCAGUAUAACUCGCUAUGGAAUAGUCCCCAGAAGCUGAUAUUUGACUUGGGGAAUAUAAUUAACGAUGUCUAUACCGGCUCCUUCAAUGCCACGCUAACGGCACGCUUCUCUGGCGGGCAUAAGAUCAAGACCGCGGAUAUCAUUCUUCCAAUUUCUGCCAGAAAUUCAGCAUCAAACUCUUCGAGUGCCUUCCAACUCCCCACAGACAACACAACAGUUAUGUACGAGAUCCCAGCUGCGGCAUCCCGUGCUGUCGUGUCGAUAUCAGCAUGUGGACAAUCAGAGGAAGAGUUCUGGUGGUCUAACGUCUUCUCGGAUGAUACCCAAGACUUUGAAAGUACUGUCGGUGGGCUAUAUGGGUAUACUCCUUUCCGUGAAGUCCAGCUCUAUAUUGAUGGGAUUCUUGCCGGGCUUGUCUGGCCAUUCCCUAUUAUUUUCACGGGAGGCGUGACUCCAGGAUUCUGGCGUCCGGUCGUUGGGACUGACGCAUUUGACCUUCGCCAGCCGGAGAUUGAUAUUUCCCCAUUUCUCUCUAUGGUUCAAGACGGGAAGCAGCAUUCAUUUGAGAUCCGUGUGACUGGUCUUAAUGUCUCGGUAGAUGGGAACGUCACUUUCGCAAACACUGUGGGCUCAUAUUGGGUUGUCACAGGAAAUAUUUUCAUAUAUAUCGAUGACGACAGCCCUGCCUCUAAAGCCACUGUUACUGGUGACAAUAGUCGGCCCACGGUGGAUGCUCCCUUGCCAGUGCUUGCUGUGACUCGGAAUCUUAUACAAAAUACGACCGGGGGAAACGACUCCUUGUCAUACUCUGUGGUUGUCGAGCGAGUAUUCAGCGUAACCUCUUCUCUGUACUCAUGGUCUCAGGCACUAUCAUUCUCCAACCACGGUUUCCUCAACCAGCAGGGAUACAGUCAAGUCAACACACAACUUACAACUGGCAAGAACACUAUAACCGAGCUUGGGGACACACCCAUCUCAAACAGCAUUGCAUUCCAAUACCCCUUGGUUGUCAACGCAACUUAUGGGAUCACCUCGAAUGGGACGACGAUCGACUCUUGGAUGAAGAGAGGUCUCGAUUUCGAGGCAACAGGGGGGCUCGGUAUCUCCACUUAUACCUUGACAUCGGGGCCAUCAUACCUACACACAAGUCAGUCUGGCACGGCGCAGUAUAAAUCUAUCACCGGAGGAAAGUCAGACACUUGGGGCGACACCAUCAAUGUGUUCGACAGUCAGACGAAUGGACGACCAUACCACCGAUCUGUCCAUGCUGUCAAUGGUACCGUUGUUUCUGACACUGACCGUAAUGGAAAGACAUCGGCUUCUUCUCCACAAGAUCAUGGGGAUACUGGGAGAGGUAGUGUGAGGGCUAUAAUUGGAAAGGGACCUGGAGUAUUGUGA